UCUUCUGCACAAUCUCUCACACUUCUAUUUUCCCCUCUCCUUUCACAAGGAAAGGGCGUAGAAGAAACCAAAAACCUAAGCAAAAGAGUAAUAAUAAUAACUCAUCUAUACAAACAAACAAAAAAAUCCAAAAAAAAAAACACACAAUGGGUGUCAAGUUGUUAUUCAUCUUCGGCCUAUUGAUCUUAGCUAUGGUAGCAAAAUCCGUCAACGCGACAUAUCCAUUGACUAAAUCUUGCAUCAACGGGCAAGGUUGCAUCGGAGAUGACGAUGAGCUCGAAUCUCUAAUGGAUUCAGAGACAAACCGUCGUCAACUUGCAAGAGGAAGACGUUACAUUGGCUAUGAUGCUCUUAAAAAGAACAAUGUGCCUUGCAAUAGACGUGGCCGAUCUUACUACGAUUGCAAGAAGAGGAGAAGGAAUAAUCCUUAUAGGCGUGGAUGCAGUGCGAUCACGCAUUGCUAUAGGUACGCUAAAUGAGAAGGAAAGAAAAAAAAUGAUAUAGAGAGAAAGAUUUGAUUCAACACCUUUCGAUCUUAAUUCUUGAUCGUUGAUUUCUCGUUCCUAACGUACCCUAUGUUAUAUGUAUGAUCUGAUUCUUUCUUCUUUUUGAUUAUUAUUUUUGUUCUUUUUUUUAUUUAUUUAAUCAUCAUCAUGAUGCAUAUAAGCUUUUGAUUCUUUCAUAUAUCGCCUAUUUUCCUUUGUUGUUGUCCUUUUAUUUCGUUUCGUUCAUAUAUUAAGUUCCGUUUGUCUA